AUGGAGCUCACCAUGGAGAACCUUCACAGCGUCUCCUCGCACUCCCAGGCGGGGGACCUCAUGAGCUCUCCUCACGGGCGGCCGUCACCGUCCCCCAGCUCCACUCCCCGGAAUCUGGUCUCGCAUGCUCCAGGCGCGCGGUCAGCCAUGGUCUCCGGCAUGGCCUCGAUCCUGGAGGGCUCCGGUGGGGACUACCGGACAGACCCGUCCGCGCUGUCCGGACACCUGCACCAGUCUAUCAGCAUGUGUGAGACCGGGAUGAGCCUUAGCAACACGUACACCACCCUGACCCCCCUGCAGCAUCUACCUACGAUAUCCACAGUCUCGGAUAAGUUUCACCACCCGCACUCUCACCACCAUGCUGCCGCCCACCAACGACUCUCCGCAGGGAACGUCAGCGGCAGCUUCACGCUGAUGCGGGACGACCACCGGGGACUCGCCUCCAUGGGCAAUCUGUACAGUCACUACCCCAAAGAGAUGUCCGUGUCCGGCAUGGGCCACGGCUCGCUCUCCCCGCUGUCCAGCGGGCUGGGCUCUUUGCACAACUCCCAGCAGCCGCUCUCAUCUUACGGUCCAAGUGCGCACCUCUCCGCCGACGCUAAGAUGCUCUCUCCGGUGUCGGGGUUUGAGUCCCACGCCUCCAUGCUUUCCCGAAGUGAUCAAGAGCACCUGGCCAGGAGUUUAGGGGGUCAUGGUCAUGGCAUGAUCUCCAACCUCAACGGCAUGCACCACCACCCACACAGUCACCUCCACUCCCAGGCGAACGGCGCGGUGAUGCUGGGGGAUCGGGAGAGGCACGGCCACGGAGGCGGCCAGGGAGUAGCAGGGUCAGGCGUCCAGGCGGAGGAGAUCAACACAAAGGAAGUGGCUCAGAGGAUAACGGCCGAAUUAAAGCGGUACUCCAUCCCGCAGGCCAUAUUCGCCCAGAGGAUCUUGAGCCGGUCGCAAGGAACCCUCUCAGACCUGCUACGGAACCCCAAACCCUGGAGUAAGCUCAAGUCAGGCCGGGAGACUUUCAGGAGGAUGUGGAAGUGGCUGCAAGAGCCCGAGUUUCAGCGGAUGUCUGCUCUGCGGCUGGCCGCAUGUAAACGUAAGGAGGAGGACCGAGGACGAGAGCGCAACCAGGUGCCAAAGAAGCAGCGACUGGUCUUCACCGACCUGCAGCGUCGGACCUUGGUAGCCAUCUUCAGAGAGAACCGCCGCCCCUCCAAAGAGAUGCAGAUCACCAUCUCCCAGCAGCUGGGCCUGGAGCUUUCCACCGUAUCCAACUUCUUCAUGAACUCACGCCGCCGCUGUACGGACCGCUGGGACACAGAGGAGCACAGUCACGGGGUGCACGGACACGGCCAUGUGCACACUCCUCACGGAAACAGCAACAACAACAACAACGCCUCUCCAAUCCACCCCGGUACCUCCUCUGCGACCACUUUCUCUAAGGCCUGAUGCUGGCAGGACGGAUGGUUGAACAGAUGUGUGGAGGAUGGAAGUGGGGGUGUGUUUUUCACUAAAGGAGUGAGCUUUAACUCCAAUCCUGCAGAGCUACAGUGUGUGUAGCUGUUUGCUUCAGACCAUUCAUCUGAUUCAUCUGCUCAACAUGCUGAUAACUUGUGCAGAUGAAUCAGAUCUUUUCAACGCUCCUUGUGUUUUUCUUUUAAUCUGAAUGUUACUCUUAGGGACUAAGUUACAUCUCAAAUUGUGGCUUCAAACCAAAGAUCCAGUAGCUUUAAGAGAGUUGCCCUCAAACAACCACACGUGGCUCUUAGUAAAUCCGCUAAAAACCAAAGAAAAUCACUUUACACUAAACCACACUGUGCUGAAUAGAGUAGACGGAUCUAUUAUGAAGGUUAAGACCUUGAAAAGGGAGGUUUUUACUCCAGGAACUGUGCAGGUUUGCCUGUUGUCAGGGUGUAAACACACCAAAGAAUCACACAUGACAGGGAACUGAUAGCUUUAAGACAGGAAAACCUUGAACAGCCACAGGUUACUCUUCAGAAAUCAGCCAGAAAUUAGACAACUGGGACGUGAUCAACCACAUCACCUCCUCCUUUCCCCUCAUUUCAGACACCGAGGCUGAUUGAGAGGUGCGUAUGUGUGUCAAGUGUCUGUUAAAACGCUCUCGGCAGGUCCUUUGACCUGCUAACCACAUUACCACCUUACAGUUCCGCAUCACUGCAUGCGUGUGCAUGUGUGUAAACGUUCACAUGCUGCUGCUGCUGCGUGUGCUCCAGGAGUUUGAUUCCUCUGCAGUGAUUUGGCCCGUUCCACGUCAGAGCAACAGUGCCACCUGCUGUCCAUUUAAACCACAUCUGAACAUGUUCUGAGGAUGUCGAUGUCCUGUGUAGUUACAGCUCAUAUCUCCAGCAGGCCUACAACGAAACUGUAGAUUUCUAUUUGGAUGCAGAUACCAAAUACUCUAUAUAAGCAUAAGUGUAGCCCCGCAAACACCAAACACACUGAGACAACAUGAUAGCCACACACCCUUUGAUACACAUUUGAAUGUUCGUUUCUUAAGACUUCUUGUUGUAAUGGCUACACGGCCGCUUGAGAGGUUAUUUUCAGGUUAC